AUGUCAAGUAUUGAGAACAGCCAUCCUUUCGUGCUCAAUCUAGAAAAUGCGGUCACCACAACGGACGAACACGAUAUGAUCGACAACUCCAACAAGCUCCCGGUCGACAAGCCUGCGUCACCCGGUCUCUUGGGUGAAUCCUCUCUCAGAAGCACCUGGAGCUUCUUCCUCGUCCUUUUCCUCAUCACGGACAACACUAUCGAAGCGUCGAUGUCGCUUUUCACCCUGCUCAACUUCUCCCUCAUCUUCCUCCGCCCGCCUCCUCUUGCGUUCUUGCUCUUCCUUACAGUCCAGACAGUCGACCGUAACCAUCAUACUGCUGUUGCACUGCUCGCAGUCUUGGUGGCUGUUCUGGUGUUAGCACGAAAUAUCACCGGCGAUCAAAGACAAUUCUGCGGCAGCAGUUGGGGACACCUCGCCGAUGUCGUCGCCUACGUCGUGACACAUGGAGUCUAA